CCAUUUUUUAGUGUCAUCCAACAACAUUCUUAACCCCUCUCUCUCUCUCUCUCUCUUCUUUUUUCUUCUACUUUUCUCACUAUUCAAUGCCUACCCCAUUUUUAAUUAUGCCUUAACGAAUCAUGGGUCGGUCUUCAAUUACCAUUACCUUCACUUUCUUGCUGUAUUAGAGAUACCCAAUUCAAAAAGUUUUCAUUUUUUCAUCUGGGUGCUCAACAAUUCGAUUCCAAUAUUCUCUUUAACAAAAUGCACUAUUUUUCAUACUUUUCAUAAUUCUUUACUUUGUCGGCUGAAAAAUUGAGAUUAAGAAGGUUUCAGUGGCUGAAUUGUAGAAUGAGCUUAGAAAAGUGAAGAGAGAAGAGAAUUGUGCUUGAAUUGCUGAUUGUGGAAAUUUUUAGGAUAAAGCUUCAAUAUCACGUUUUGAUCAUUGACAGAACAUUUUUUGGAAUAAAAAAGUGGAAUCAAUGAGCUGUGUGUGAGUUUUUGACUCGUUUGAGAAAAGGUGAAGCUAGCUUUAUAGAAUAUAUCAACAUUAUUGGAAUUUUCAGAUUUAUCUGUGGAAUUGCAUAAUUCAUAAGGUUAAAGUCUUUAGAAUUAAGGUAUUGAUACCUUUUCCACCAAAGGAAGCUGAAAUUUCUUGAGCUUUACUGAAUUGGGAAAGCUUGAGGGAUUGAAAUUGGAAUAGUUGGAUGCUUCAAGAGUUGAUUGAUUCAUCAAGCUGCAUCUAUGUCUUUCGUUCUUUCGCCGUGUUGUUGAGUCGAAAAGGAUCAGAAUAAGAGGUUCGCAAUUGUGCUUGUUUGCCUGUCAUGACAAAGAAAUCGCAGAGACGAGCUGUGCGGUAUGAGAAAGAUAAGUCGGGCUGUAUGUGGGGAUUUAUCAGUAUGUUUGAUUUUCGCCAUGGUCACUCUACACGGAAGUUGAUUGCAGAUAAGAGGCGAAGCAGUAAGCAUUCGGAUGGUGUUAUUCAUUCGAAGAAUAAGUUCGAGGUGUUGAACGAUAUAGAUGAAGUUUAUCAAGCCGAUUUCGACAAUGGAGAGAGUAAAAGACUAACAGUGAGAACAAUUGUUAAUAAGCCUAGUGUGAAGAAACUCAUAGAGGAAGAGAUGUUCACCGAUCGAAAUGCAGGGAAGGAUGUUGAUAACUUUGAAAGGCGUAAAAUCUUACUGAAGUUAGAUUCCAAAAGAAAAAAGAAACCUGACGAGAAAAAACGCGAUAUGACCGAUGAUUUAAAUUUGGACGCAACAUCAAAAGCUGAAACUUCACGUCGUCAGCACUCGAGGAAGAAAUCUAAUGAUAGUCUUGAUCUGGAUACAAUAAUCGAAGAGUUUUGUAAUCUAAAAGGUAUUUGUUCCAUGAUGCAAGGCAAUGACGGAGAAGUAGAAAAGCAUGCACAAACUAACCAGAAACAGAAGCAUGCGGUUUCCGAAAAAAGUUCAAGAGAUGCGAUUCGUGAAUUUGUGAAUCAGAUGAUAUUGAAUGGUAAAGAUCCGGUGGAAGCUAGAAAGUUUCUUUUCUCCGAUGAACUAAUGGAAGCGCUUCAGCUUAUAAGUUCGGAUAAGGAAUUGUUUCUUGCAUUUCUACAGAAUCCAAAUCCACUUGUAUUGAAAUGUGUUCAAGAGUUUGAGAAUUCUCAGCGGGCAAAAGAAAAUAACUCUGAACAAGAUCACGGCGAUAAAGAACAAACUAGCGAGAUUGUCAACCCCAAGAAGCAUAACUUUUUCAGGAAAAAGGCGAAGUCUCAAUCAAAAAAUUCAACAAAUGAAAACGGAAAUGCAAACAUUUCAAAUAGGAUUGUUAUUCUAAAGCCAGGUUCCGUUGGUUUGGAAAAUUCCGAAACUGGAAACAACCUUGCCUCGUAUCUAGAAUCUCAUGAUAAUGCCAAGUUCAACGGUCCUUCUAUGAGAAGUAGUUCACAUUUUUCUCUUACCGAGAUAAAAAAGAAAUUAAAGCAGGCUAUAGGAAAGGAGAGACACGGAAAAAACUUCGGUAAAGACAAUAGUGGAAUGAGAUCUCCUAAUAAAGAUCAUUUCUUCAUUGAAAAAAUCACAAGACCUAUGACCAGUGUUACUAAAGGAGACAAGGCCGGUACAAAUAAAGAUUUGGAGGCGAUUGUGGAUCGUGAAAAGGGUAUUUAUUCCAAAAAAGGUGUUUCCAAUUUAUAUAUCGAGGCUAAGAAACAUCUUUCUGAGAUGAUAGGUAGUGAAGACGAGAACCUGGACUUGUCAAGUAGACAGAUUUCUAAAACCCUUGGAAGAAUAAUAUCUUUUCCCGAUUACAACUUUUCGCCAUUCGGUAGUCCUGGAAGGAAUUGGGAGGACCGAUUUGUGACCGCAAAGGCAAGACUUCGUGAUGAAAGCUUUAACAGUAAAUCACAAGAAAUUAAGCCAGACACGAAUUUCUCAGAUGGCCUAGUUCAUGUCGAUAAAGAGGAAAAUCAUUCUCCUGUUAGAGAUGAGAUAGUUACUGAAGGUGACGUAGAAUCCGCAAAAGAGAUAACUAUUUUAGAAUCUUCCGUAGAACUAGUUGGCAUCAGUACAGGAAAUAAGGAUCAAAGCGAUGAUAUCGUAGAAAUUUCUGAUAAUACAAAAUGUUCUAAAUAUUUGGUGCAGGAUGUAACAGGAGAAAACCAAUCAUCAUCUCCCUCCGGUUCUCCAAUCACUACGAAAUCUAAAGAGCAAGAGAUUAUCUCUGAUGUAUCGGGAUCGGGACGGCCAAGUCCGGUGUCUGUUCUUGAUGCGCCAUUCUUAGAGGAUGAUGCCAGCUCUGCUGAAGUAUCGAUACGUCCACUACAUGUUCAAUUUGAAGAACAAGAUUCUUCUCUUGCGAAUCAAAUCAAAAGAGAAAAAUAUUGUAUCGAAGAAAGCAAAUCGACAUGUGAUUACAUCGAAGCAGUCCUGCAAGCCUCUGGAUUAACAAGAGAUCAAUUGUUGAUAAAAUGCCUUUCGUCGGACAAGAUGCUAGAUCCUUCCUUGUUUGAUCAGGUAGAGUUAUCCCCAAACCAGCUUUGCCGUGACCCGAAACUCCUAUAUGACUGUAUCAACGAAAUUCUCAUGGAGGUUUGUCGCGAUUACUUUGGUGCCUCGCCUUUCGUAUCAUUUGUAAGUCCUACUAUAAAGCCAACUCCAAAUAUGGAAACGGUUAUUUCCAUGGUCUCGGAAGGAGUCUGUUGGUAUUUACUUUCCGUUCCCCCGCCACACACAUUAGACAAAAUUGUUAGGAAAGACAUGGAAAAACGUGGAGCAUGGAUGGAUCUUCGAUUUGGAGCCGAAACAGUUGGUUUUGAAAUAGGCGACGCAAUUCUAGCAGACCUGAUGGAAGAUACAAUACUUGGCUGUGUAAGCAAUAGUCCAAAAGUUGACAGUAAUGAACAUAAUGAUGACAAAAACAGCACCGGUGUUUAAAAACCGACAACUUUUCGUUCAUACCGCAUACUAGAAUUUUUCGAAUAUUAAACAGUUUCAUGUGAAUGAGAAUACUAAAAUAAGGGACUAGUAGGAACUGGUUCUUAUUACUGAAGUAUAGAAGAUGAUUCUCUUGUUUGAAAUAACAAAGUAGAGCAGUUUCAUUUUGUGUGUGCUUUCACUUCACUUAGUAAGGAUUUUUAGUUGUUGUAGAUUUUGUAGAAUUUGAUGUGUUGAUUAUAUAUUAGCUGGUGUGUCA